AUGGCUAACCCAGGUGCCUUAGACCACACGGCUAAUCCAGGCGCCUUGGACUGCGUGGCUAACCCAGGUGCCUUAGACAGUGCAGCUGACCCAGGCGCCUUUGACAGUGCAUUAAAACCAGGCUCCUUAGACCAUGCAGCUACCCCCGGCGCCUCAGACUGCAUGGCUAUCCCAGGUGCCUCAGUCCACGGGGCUAAUCCAGGCGCCUUGGACUGCGUGGAUAACCCAGGUGCCUUAGACAGUGCAGCUGACCCAGGUGCCUUUGACAGUGCAGGUAACCCACGCGUCAUAGAUCAUGCAGCUAACCCAGGCGCCUCAGACUGCAUGGCCAACAAAGGUGCCUUAGACCAUGCGGCUAAUCCAGGUGCCUUAGAGUGGGUGGCUAACCCAGGUAACUUAGACAGUGCAGCUGACCCAGGCGCCUUUGACAGUGCAGUUAACCCAGGCGCCUUAGACCAUGCAGCUAACCCACGCGCCUCAGACUGCAUGGCUUACCCAGCUGCCUUAAACCACGUGGCUAAUCCAGGUGCCUUGGUCUGCGUUGCUAACCCAGGUGCCUUAGACAGUGCAGCUGACCCCGACGCCUUUGACAGUGCAGUUAACCCAGGCGCCUAA